AUGGUCACAGGGAAUUUCACCACGGUGGUCGAGUUCAUCCUUCUAGGACUAACCAGCAGACAAGACCUGCAGAUAUUGCUAUUUAUUGUAUUCCUGACAUGUUACAUUGUUUCUCUAAUUGGUAACAUAGUAAUUAUCUGGAUCAGUAGUACAAACCCUCGACUCCACACUCCAAUGUACUUCUUUUUGAGAAAUCUCUCCUUUUUGGACAUCUGGUAUACUUCAUGUGUAGUUCCUAAGAUGCUCAUUAACUUCCUAUCAGUGAAGAAAACCAUAUCUCAUAAUGGUUGUGUAACCCAAAUGUUCAUCCAUAUGACUCUAGGAGGGACAGAGUGUUGCCUGUUGUUAUCAAUGGCCUAUGACCGGUAUGUGGCUAUAUGCAGCCCCUUACAUUACACUAAUAUCAUGCAUCCCACCUUAUGCAUUAAGAUGGCGGCUGCCUCUUGGUUUGCAGGCUUAAUUAACUCAGUAGUAAACACAGUGUAUACAUUACAGUUACCUUUUUGUGGGGCGAAUGUAGUUGACCAUUUUUUCUGUGAGGUGCCCACAUUGCUAGAGCUGGCUUGUGCAGAUACAUCUCUUAAUAAGACUGUCCUUUUCUUCUGGGCUAUAGUGAUAGCAGUCAUCCCGUUUUUUGUCAUCUUAAUUACAUAUGUCAAUAUCAUUUCCAGCAUAAUGAAGAUUCGUACAACUACUGGGAGAAGAAAAGCCUUUUCCACUUGUGUGUCACAUGUUAUUGUGGUUGCAUUAUUUUAUGGCACAAUUUUAUUAAUCUAUUUGAGACCCGGCAGGAUUCAUGUUUUGAGCCAAGACAAAAUGGCCACCUUGUUCUAUAGUGUCAUAACCCCAAUGCUAAAUCCUCUGAUUUACACUUUAAGAAACAAAGAUGUAAAAUUAGCGCUGAUAGAAACCACAGGAAAGAAGAUUGUGUUAUGGCACAAGUGA